AUGGCCCGUCGACAGGAAUUCUUACAUUUGAAGCAGGGGGAUAGAUCUGUGAUGGAAUAUGAUGCAGAAUUUAACCGGUUAGCUGAGUAUUGCCCUCAUUUAGUUGCCCAGGAGAGUGAUCGGUUAGAUCAGUUCACUCUGGGUCUUGCAGUAUAUAUCCGUAUCAGGAUGUCUGGAUUCACUCCUAGUACGUACCGGGAGGCGUUGGAUAGAGCUUUGAUGAUUAAGAUGACACAACAGCAAAUUUCCCUAGAAAAAGGAAUGGAUAAGCAAAAUGCCCAGGGUACGACUCCAACACAGAAACAACAGAACCAAGGUCAGAAGAAACGGAAGAAAUGGCAGGGAUCCCGGGCUACUUCAGGGGAGUCCUAUCGAUCAUCAAAGACAGGACGAUCAUCUGCUGGUUCUUCUAGACCUUCUCAGAAGGACUCUUUGGGUGGACUUAGAUGUUUUAGAUGUGGUGUUGAGGGUCACGCUAAACCUGACUGCCCAUUGAGCCAAGAUAUAUGUUACUACUGCAAGCUUCCGGGGCAUGUGAGCCGCGAUUGUACCCUGAAGGCUCAGCUGCAGGCUGCCAAGGUUACUGCUCAAGGAAGUCAUAAUACUCAGACUCGACGGCCGAAGGGACCGCAGAAGACGCAGAGCACUCCACAUCAGCAGAGUAUACCACCUUCUCAAGCACAGAUGCAUCCAGCACAUCAGUAUUUUCCGACGCCACCUAGCUCUUGUCCGGUGAUCCAGUCUCAGCAGUUAGCUACUACUCCAUCAGCACAGUUUCAGACUGGCACUGAGAUGCCGCCGGCAUGCACGGAGGCAGGACGGGUUUAUGCUAUUACUCGAGAGGAGGCACAGCGGGCCGAGGGAUCGGUCUUUCGGGGUAUGAUUACUGUUUAUUCUUUUCCUGCUGAAUUGUUGAUAGAUACUGGUAGUUCCCAUUCUUUUAUUUCUCGGGUAUUUCUGAGUAAGAUUUGUAGAUUACCAGUUCGUCGGACUAAUAUAUUAGCGGUAUCUUUACCCUCGGGAGAGAUACUAAAUAUCAGUCAGGAGAUUAGAGAUUGUCCGUUGGAUUUCGAAGGUCAGACCCUUGUGGUGGACUUGCAGGUUCUAGAUAUGCUAGAAUUUGACAUCAUUUUGGGUAUGGACUGGUUAGCCAGAUAUUAUGCUACCGUGGAUUGCAGCGCGAGAGUGGUUACAUUUAGACCUCCGGGUCUACCAUCCUGGGUAUUCAUGGGUACCAAGGAUGAGGGGAUUUUUGUCAUCUCAGCAAUGCAAGCUCAGAGAUUAUUGUCUCAAGGAUGUCGAGGGUAUUUGUUAUCUAUGAUUAAGAUCGAUCAGGAUACUACCACACAGCUAUCAGACAUUCCUAUAGUUCAGGAGUACCCUGACGUAUUUCCAGAAGAAUUACCCGGCUUGCCCCCGAAAAGGCAAGUGGAGUUCACGAUUGAGUUGAUCCCGGGGACAGCACCGGUGUCCAAGGCUCCGUAUCGCAUGGCACCUAAGGAGUUGGAGGAGCUAAAAGUACAGUUACAGGAGCUGCUGGAUAGAGGGUUUAUCCGUCCUAGUGUGUCUCCGUGGGGAGCUCCGGUACUCUUUGUGAAGAAGAAGGACGGAUCGAUGAGAUUAUACAUCGACUAUCGGCAGCUGAAUGCAUUCGUGAUUGUGUUUAUCGAUGACAUUUUGAUAUAUUCUCGAUCCGAAGAAGAGCAUGGGCGACAUCUUCGUAUAGUAUUGGAGACGCUCCAGCGAGAACGUCUCUAUGCAAAAUUUAGCAAAUGUGCAUUCUGGUUAUCUUCUGUGGGUUUUCUGGGACAUAUUGUUUCUAGCAGUGGUAUAUCCGUGGACCCACAAAAGAUAGAGGCUGUUACCAGUUGGGAGCAGCCAAAGUCUGUACAGGAAAUUCGUAGUUUUCUUGGUCUGGCCGGGUAUUAUCGCCGAUUUGUUGAGGGCUUCUCUAGCAUAGCUCUGCCGUUGACUCAGUUGACCAGGAAAGGGGUGAAGUUUUGCUGGACAGAGUCUUGCGAGACGAGUUUUCAGGAACUUAAGCGAAGACUCAUUUCUGCACCUAUAUUAGUACUUCCUUCUGGAGAUGAUGGCUUCGUACUUUAUACAGAUGCAUCAUUACAGGGGUUAGGCGCAGACUAUGACUGUACGAUCAACUACCACCCAGGGAAAGCUAACGUGGUAGCUGAUGCGUUGAGUAGGAAAUCUCGAGGAGUUCUUGCUUGUCACCGUGUGAUGGUUACAGAACUGGUACAGAAAUUUUCUGAGUUGGGAUUAGUAGAGCAGGGUCAGACUGAGCGGGGUAUUCUGUUAUCUAUGGUUGCCCAGUCACCCAUUGUAGAGAGGAUUAAAGAAGCUCAGGCUACUGAUCAGCAUCUGCAGUUUUUGUGUAGCAGAAUUUCCCCAGAACAGCAAACAGGGUUUUCUUGCGAUGGAAAUGGAAUUCUAUACUUCCGUGGGAGAUUGUGUGUUCCUGAGCUACCUUCUUUGAGGGAGGACCUACUUCAGGAGGCACACCGAUCCAUAUUUGCGAUUCAUCCUGGUGGUACAUGUAUGUAUAGGGAUCUGAGACGUUCUUAUUGGUGGGCUGGCAUGAAGAAGGACAUCGCGGAUUUCGUUGCACGAUGCCUUGUAUGUCAGCAAGUGAAAGCUGAACAUCAGAGACCCGCUGGUUUACUCCAGAAGAUACAGAUACCGGAAUGGAAAUGGGAGCAUAUCACGAUGAAUUUCAUCCCGGAUAUAUCUUAUGAGGAGAUUCCAGUUCGGAUUUUGGACCGCAAAGAGCGUCGGUUGCGGAACAAGACAAUUCAACUGGUCAAGGUCGGAUGGCGGCAUCACUCAGAUGAAGAAGCCACCUGGGAGUUGGAAGAUAAGAUGCGAGCCAGUUACCCACACCUAUUUACUGGAGGUAAAAUGUCUCAGAUUGAAGGUUUCAGCACAAUCCGCCCCCCUCUAUUCAACGGUAACGAUUUCCCCUAUUGGAAGAAGCGAAUGGAGGUCUAUUUGAAGAUCGACUUCGACCAGUGGUUUAGCAUCACCAGAGGAUACAAGGCGCUGGUCGACAACUCCGAAAAUCCACUGGACCCAGAACAAUGGAAUCAAGACAUGAAGAAGAAAGCCCAGACGGAUUUCAAAGCACUCAACACUUUGCAAUGCGGGCUGACGAAGGAAGAGCUGAACCGGGUGGACCCACACCAAAAUGUGAAGGAACUAUGGGACAAGCUCGAAGGAGAGACGACAAGUUAG